AUGGAGAAAAGUAGGAUGAACCUGCCCAAGGGGCCGGACAUGCUGUGCUUUUACAAGGAUGAGUUCACGAAGGUUCGCCUGGGGGGCUGCCCUCCCCGAGCCGAGGUGGGUGGCCUGUCUUCCUUUCCCUCCGGGGCCUCCUCCAGCCCCCGGCGGGACCUCGCUGCCUUCGCAGUUAUUCCAUCAGUUGAGAAAAUUGAAAAAAUCUUAAGUUCUCAACAUUCUAAAGAAUCAUCUGCACUAGAAGUAAGCAGUGAAAAGGGCAAUACUAUUCCCAGCUAUGAUUUUUUGGUGAAUUCUCUCUGGCCAGAAAUAGUACGAGGAUUAGAAGAAAAGUUACCCUCGCUUUUUAAUCCUGGGGAUCCUGAUGCAUUUCACCAGGUACCUUUCCCUCUGGUUGUCUUGAUUCUGGAAGGUGUUAACCUGAGAUAA